UAUGUGUGAGCUCUUAACUUACUCAUUCAAGCUCACAGAGCCCCAGGAUGGCAGAACUGUGAGUACAAAAUCCUGUGCUCUUGUUAGGACUUCCCACCUUCAAAGAAGUGGCUCUCAGCGCAGCACCGUCCUGUGAGGCCAUCUAAGUGUCUGUCCCUCAGACAGUGACCUUGUAGCUGCAUUAUGCACAUGACGCACGCCUGUACACACAGACUCCACAGUGCAUGUGUCACGGCCCUUCCAAGCUUCUUCCAGACUAGGCAACCUCACGGACAACUCUGUUUUUAAACCCUCCUUUGUGUGUCUCAAUGGACAAUACGAACAAUAAGCGCUUCUGGGGUUGAGUACAAAAGAGAGGAUUCAACCUCAGACACUCAGCUACUUAUCUCAAAUGGCCACGGCUGAACAGUUGUGAGGAAUGGUUUAAACAGGCUUCUUUUGAUAAGCCCCAUCUGGGACACUGACCCAGGCCACCGAGGCGCUGCUUCGGACUAGCUGCGUGUCGCCAUUGUGAAGUCCAUCAGAUGAUCGGGAACUACAUGUGGGACCCCGCCACCAACAAGUCAUUUGACAUAGGGGUCAACAGAGACAGCCUGAUGCCUCUCUGGUGGAAUGGAUCAGAACCUCUGUGGAUCACUCUGACCAAGGCCAAAAGGAAGGUCUACAUGUACUACUGGCCAGGCUGUGAGGUUGAGAUUCUUGGUGUCAGACCUACUUACUGCCUAGAAUAUAAAAAUGUCCCAACGGAUAUCAAUUUUGCCAAUGCAGUCAGCGAUGCUCUUGACUUCUUCAAGAGCGGCCAGGCGGACCUGGUGGCCAUCUACUACGAGCGCAUCGAUGUGGAAGGCCACCACUAUGGGCCCUCGUCGCCACAGAGGAAAGAAGCCCUGAGGGCCGUGGACACCGUCCUGAAGUACAUGACCACGUGGAUCCAGGAGCGCGAGCUGCAGGACGACCUCAACGUCAUCAUCUUCUCAGAUCACGGGAUGACUGACAUUUUCUGGAUGGACAAAGUGAUUGAGCUGGAUAAGUACAUCAGCCUCCAUGACCUGCAGCAGGUGAAGGACCGAGGGCCGGUUGUGAGCCUGUGGCCGGCGCCCGGGAAGCAUUCUGAGAUAUAUAACAAAUUGAGAACAGUGGAGCACAUGACUGUCUACAAGAAGGAGGCCAUCCCGAGCAGGUUCUACUACAAGAAAGGGAAAUUUGUCUCUCCUUUGACCUUAGUGGCCGAUGAAGGAUGGUUCAUAACUGAGAAUCGAGAGACGCUUCCAUUCUGGAUGAACAGCACUGACAAGAGGCAAGGCUGGCAGCGCGGAUGGCACGGAUACGACAACGAGCUCAGGGACAUGCGGGGCAUCUUCCUGGCCUUCGGACCCGGUAGGAAGACACGACCGAAUUCUCUUAGUCAUUCCUUCCUAAGGAAGCGUCAGCCACCAGGGGCUGACGGCACUAGUAGAGCUGGAGUGAUUUCUUUAUGGACCCUCUUUAUGAGCAAAGCUGAGCAAACCCAGCCGGUCUCCAUGAAGUGUCUUCGGCUGGCUGGCUUUCAAAUGCUUCUUGGUUUUGGCAAACACGGCCAAAUACCUUUCCUUGUAAGUUUUAAAUCUCGAGCGCAGUGAAAAACAUGUUCCACAUGUUUAUGAUUCAUUUUUUUUACUUAAUUCAUCAAAAUGUUCUCUCACAG